AGAGAGAGAGAGAGAGAGAGAGAGAGAGAGAGAGAGAGAGAGAGAGAGAGAGAGAGAGAGAGAGAGAGAGAGAGAGAGAGAGGUGGUGUGGUGAGUAGCAGGGAGUGUGUGUGGUAGUUUUAUCCUGGUGCGGAACUCGGAUCGAGCCAAGAUGGUGUACUCCGUAUCACCAAGGCUGAAACUGCAAGUAAAACUUUAUGUGGUGUUAGAGUUAGUGGAGAACGCCAUGGGUUAUUUGGUGGUGCUUGUCCUGUCAGUCGCUGUGGGCGCAUUCGGGCAGUUCAUGUCAAGGAAGACCCUGUGGCCCUGCGUGGCAUUGACAGUCCUCGAGGCAGUGUCCAAACUGCUACGAGGUUUCAUUCACAAGGUCUAUUUCAGAGGCAUGUCAUGCCGCCAGGUGGCCAUCGGGCAGGGCAAGUCGUACCGUUUCAAACUCGGUACAUAUCAAGUGCUUGGGGGAAAGUUCAUUUCCACCUUUGCCUAUGUCGCUCUGAUUGCUGUGAUCCGAUUAUUGUCUAUGAUUCUUCAAGUUGUCCUCACAUGGUAUCUGUACAAACAUGUCCCUGUCAUUAAGACUCACCCUGAGUAUCACACAGACUGGGGUGUACAGCGUCUCGAAGAGUUCUUGUACGCCACGUGCCUCUGCCUUAUUGUGCACUCUGGUAUGGUCUUCUUGUUGAUCUACUUCUCUCUCCUCUCUUGCCUCCUAAUGCAAUGCAUACGGCUUUUCGCAUGGUGCUGCGGUUGUGCACGUUCUGCCGCCUCCGCAAGUAUCCAAUCGAGGAACAUUGGCGGCCCCUUCUUAGAGCGAUUGGAUCGGUUCCAAAGGGAGAUGGAGACGGGUAUCACGUGGUACGUUCAUCGGCAUCGGCAUUUCGAGUUCGGUGCCAACGAAGCUCAAGCGCACGAAGACAAGUGUGGCCUUCCGGGGUACUGGUUCUAUAGCGUGAAGGAGUUGUUGGGCGUUGUGGGAAGCCACCUACCCUAUCUGAAAGACGAGCAUCGUCGAUGGGAUGAGCGACGGAAGGAGAUCAAGACGGGAAGGAAGCUUACCAUGGCCCUGGAGUCGUUGUUCGAGCUGUCGAGAGCGUGCAAGGCCUGCGACACUUGCAAUCUGUUUGUGUCCAAUGAGAUGGCCUGCUACAUGCAGGAUCUUCCACAGACGAGCCGCUGCAGACACGACAUGGAUGCUGGACGCGACUUCGCUCAAGCCGAAGGCUAUCUUGCGAUGCUGCAGGUGCUCCAGUGCUGCCCGCGCGACUCCGUCGACGCCGAGCUUGCGGCUUUGAUCCUCUCCGGAUUCGCUGCGGGACUGUCUGUCCUCCCGUGGCAACCGGAUCGUGACCACAGCGACACCGAUUUCAUAGUGCAUAUGCUCGGCGACGACGACUUCAGGUACUGCACCAAGCAUUCGCUCUACGUCCUGCUCGACCUGCUGGAACCGUACGCAUCCGGGAAUGCCGAUCCACGAAGCGAUGAGAAGCUGCGGGUUCAGGAAGCCGCUGCCUCUGCAAUCUGCGCUUUCGCACGUGCUGCUAGCGAUAUUCAUGCGCUAGUUAACUGUCCUGUUGGGAGACAUCUGCGGUCUCAGCACUCGGGCGACGAUGACCCCGCAAUGAAAGGGUACGUCAGCAUGCUCAGCUAUGGAUUCACGACCAUCUGUCCGGUGGGAUGGCCGCUAGACAUGCCUUGGCCUAGCGGGCUCGUGGACGUCGACGAGGUUUGGGUCACGACUGUGAAGGAGUUCCUUAGCGAUCAGCGGACGCUGUCGACUCUGCUCAACUGUGUGCAGCGGGAGGCGUCUAGCAGUAUCGCUGCGGACUGCAUCAGGACUCUGUCCUGGCUGUGGACACGUAGGGUGAUGUACUGGCAUAGGCACGACUUGAGGAUGAAGCCUGCGAGAGCGGCCCCUGCUGCCGCCGAAUGUCAGCAUGAUUUGCCUCCCGCUCUUUUCCGGAUGCAUGGGGAGAGCAGAGGGGUGAACCUUCAAGUGCUGCGGCGUCUGAUUACCUUGUGCCUCGACAAGCCGGAGUCUUUCUCCGCCUUCUCGCAGCUGCACUUGGCGAAGAUCUUCAUCUCGCAGGAGCUGAGAGAGGCCGACACCGACGUUGCCAAGCUUCUGCUAGAGUGCCUGAAGUACUGGCGCCGCGCGCUCGGGACGCGGGAGCUCGAUUGGUUCGCUAUUGAAACCGUCGAAGCGAUGCGCGAUCUCCUUCACGUUGCCUCUGACGACAGCAAACGAGAGGUCAAGCUCACUAUCUGCAAGUCGCCCGGAGGCGUGGAUUGCGUUAGGAUAAUGCUAAAUGGUCACGUCAGUCGAAUCCGAGCCGUCCGAUUUUAUACAUGCAUGGGGGACUUCGAUAGAUCGUUAGUCUAUUUCCUCUCAGAGAACAGAAUGAACUGCUGGUCAAUGGAGGCCAACGAUCACGCAAUGCCAUGCUCGGGGGCGGCUGCGGGAUUGCUAGCGGACUUGUUGAAAGUCGGGGACAUGCCCUUGCCCCCCAUGGAUCCCCUUUUGGGAGCACAGCCACGUGGCAUUGACUUGGACCUUCCUGGCCACGACGACAUAACCAUGGUUCUUGCCCGGCAACCGAAGCCACGACCGCGAUUGGACCGGAUCCCGACUCGCCCUUGCCGCAAUGCACGUGGACAGGAUGCGGCGCGUGUACCGGUGCAGAGUGUUCUGCCGAGCGACCCCGGGCCCAAUCCAUACUUCUUUAUCUCCUUGUUCAAGAGCCUGGUCUACAAUCUCCUCGUAGCCGUGCAGCAGAAUCGCCAGCGUUCCUCAGCCCCCGGACAAGACCGGGGCUUUUUGGUCCGCAUGAAGAAUCACUGGCGCACGUUCGGCGCCCGGAUGGUUCUCAUCUUCUGCGAGUCUCUGGGGAAUCCCGCCUGGGUUCCUGCCAUCAGCUUGUUCGAGGACUUGGAAGCAGCUUGCACGAUAGACGAGAGGAUGGAGGUCCUGGCACAGGGAUUGAACUCCUUGUUGGCCACAAGGAAUGCGAUCCGAGUCAUCAAGCUCGUGGUCGAUGCUUACCCGGAGAACGCUCUCGAUGCCAGACUCGUUACGGCGCUCAUUCCUUCAAUGGUGAACCUCCUCACCACGUCACCUGCCAGAUUGCACAAGCGGCUUCAUCUUGUUGCUCUGGAGAACAGAUGCAAUCAUGAGAUCAGGAACGGAAUAGUGGCAGUUUUGCAGGACGUGGUUGGUCGGAUCAGCGAGCUGGGGGGAAGAGAUCCAGAUCCAGAUGAGUUGAAGAACAACCCAGCGCUGCCGACGAUCGCCAAGCUGCAGGACGCGGAGAGGACAUGGCGGGAUUGGUGCGGAAACAACGGUGAGAAUCCGAUCCGUCCCCAGCCUCCCAAUUUACCAGCAGGCGGGGCAGCGCAUAACCCGCAGGCAGUUAUUGAGCUAGUGCCAGUGGACCAGCUGGGGAGAGAUGCGCGGACAGACGCGGAGCCACAAGCGGGAGCGCAACCGGUCGGGGAGAGCAGAGUACAUCCGACCCCUCCGUCGGAGCCCUAGAAUUCGCCACGUGGGGUAAUCACGAGCUAACGAACCGGCUGGGAUUAUCCCGAUGGUGUCAGUGGACCAACA